AUGGUGUCGUUGCCUCCAGUGGAUUUUGGAGGGGAUAGAAAUACUAGGUUCUUCCACCAGGCGACAGUUAUUAGAAGGCAUCAGAACAGGAUCAGAGUUAUCAGGGGUGAGGAUGGGCAGUUGACAGAGGAUCCGGAUAUGAUUCAGAGGAUUAUGGUUAGUUUCUUCAGGGCCAGGUGGACCGAGCAGACUACAGGAGGGAGUACGGUGGGUAUUCCACCGCCGUCGACAGGGGUAUCUGAGGAUGAGUCUGAUGCGUUGAUCAGUCCGGUGUCGGAGAGGGAGAUCAGAGAGGCGAUAUGGUCCCUUGAGGGAGACAAGGCUCCGGGGCCGGAUGGCUUCCCUCCGAUGUUCUUCCAGAGAUACUGGAUGAUUGUAGGACGAGAUGUGACGGCGGCCAUACAGCAGUUCUUCGACACGGCAGUGAUGGCGGCAGAUUGGCAGCGGACCUUUAUUACCUUGAUUCCGAAGCGGCAGGACGCUACGGAACCGAGUCAUUACCGGCCGAUUAGCCUUUGUACGACCUUGUACAAAGCCACGGCCAAGAUUAUUGCUGCUAGGCUGAGAGUUGUCCUCCCGAGACUCAUUGGUUCAGAGCAGGGGGCUUUCCUGGAGGGGCGGUGCAUAUCUGAUAAUGUGCUUAUUGCCCAGGAGUUUAUGUUUGAUCUCGGUAGGGCCCCGGUGAGGGGAAGCUUGAUGGGGAUUAAGCUUGAUAUGGAGCGGGCAUAUGACAGGAUGAGAUGGGAUUUCUUGCAGCAGACUUUGCAGGGGUUUGGUUUUCAUGAGAGGUGGAUUAGUUGGGUUAUGGGCUGCAUUCGGAUCCCUUCCUUUGCCAUUCUGGUGAAUGGCACGCCGUCCCGGUUCUUUGUGUCAUCUGGAGGGUUGCGCCAGGGGUGUCCCCUAUCCCCGCUACUGUUUAUCAUUUGUGCAGAUGCCCUGUCUAGAUCCCUGCGCCAGGCUGUGGACACUCAGGAGCUGGAGGCUUAUAGACCGGCGAUUGGGGCCCCUGCGAUAUCUCAUUUACUCUUCGCCGAUGAUUGUUUGCUUCUUGCCAGGUCGACGCGUCAGUCAGCCCGGGUUAUAGGUCAGAUUCUCCAGGUCUACUGUGCAGCGUCAGGUCAGAGGGUCAAUUUGACCAAGUCAGCCAUCAUCUUCAGCCCAAAGACCAGACUGGCUAUGAAGCAUUCGAUAGUGGAGAUUCUGGGGGUCGGUGAGCAGGUGGGCACGAUGACAUAUUUGGGUAUCCCAUUGUCCGACCGGCUGCUGCGGAGUGGGGAUUGUCUGCCGUGUGAGCUUGGUAUCAGACGCAGAUUAGCGGGGUGGCGGAUGCAUGCUCUGUCUAUGGUAGGGAGGAUCACCUUGGUGCGUUCGGUUCUGUUGUCAGUCCCUAUCUAUUUGCUUACUAAUGCCAUUGUUCCGGUGAGAUUCCUGCGAUCCCUGGAGCGGUUGUUCAGGGACUUCAUAUGGGGGAGGAGCAGUGGUCGAGGUGGUGUUCACUUGAUGGCAUGGGAGGUGGUGUGCCAGCCUACUAGCUGUGGUGGUUUGGGGGUUCAGGCAUUGGCAGCGAGGCGUGAGAUCCUGCUAGCCAGACAUGUGGCUAGAUUUGUGCUUGAGCCCGAGAGUCUAUGGUCCUCGCUGAUGAGGGCUAAGUAUGGCGCCUUGGUACCGGGCGUGCGUGGGGGUCGUCGUCAUUCCCCGGUGUGGAGGGAGAUGUGUGCCAGAGCUACGGUGGUGCUUCCGGAGAUCGGAUGGGCUAUUGGCGACGGUCUGUCUAUCGAUGUGAUGGAGGACAGAUGGGUGACUGAGGUACCGCUAUGCAGUAUGCCGACCAUGGUGGACUCGGCGAGAUUAGCAGGGUGGAGGGUCAGUGACUUACUGGAUGCCGAGGGAGGGCGAUGGAGAGAGGGGUUGGUUCGGGAGGUUUUUGGAGAGCAGUUGGCAGAAUUGGUUCUAGCCCGAGCGACCCCUAGGGGGGAGGCGGAUAGGCUGGUAUGGAUACCGACGGGGCGAUCACGGGUGCGAGCUAGGGAUCUUCAUGCAGUGUUCAGGAGGGAGCCAGUCCGACAGUUUGAGGGGCGGUGGAUAUGGAGGAUGCGGGUGCACCCGCGCGUGGCACUCUUCAUCUGGAAGGUGGCGUGGGGCUGCCUUCCGACUAGGAGUGUGCUAGCGCGGCGUGGCAUGAGGAUCCCUCAGUUUUGUGAGGAUUGUGCAGAUAUUGAGGAGACUAUGGAGCAUGUUUUGCUGCAGUGCCCUAGGGCCCGAGACAUAUGGAGGAGGUCACCGAUACAGUUACCAGCCUCGGUGAUGCUGGUGCAGGAUCUGAUCCAUCUGCUGAGAGUUUCCAUGCGGCAUCCCAGAUCUGUUGAGGCAGGGAUCUGUGUAGCAUACCUGUCCUACCAUAUAUGGUUGGACAGGAAUACUGGUAUAUUUGAGGGGAGGAGGGCGCCUCCGAGGUUGGUGGUAGACCGGGCGCUGCUGCUUGCGAGGGAGGUUGUUGGGGCGACUUCGGUAGUCACUUCUAGGCUGGUCAGGGAUAUCUGGGGUGUUCACCACGCUGCUUCAGCGCCACGGUUUGCCAUUGUUUCUUGGGCACCCCCACCCUCUGGCUAUCUCAAGGUGAACUUUGAUGGGAGUAGGUCGGUAGAUGGCUUGUGCGGAGGGGUCGGUUUUGUGGUCAGGGACCAUUGUGGCAGGAUGGUAGCAGCAGGAGGACGGCGUACGCCUGGAUUUACUGUGGUUGGUGCAGAGCUACAGGCAGCCUGGGAGGGCUUAUCCUUUGCGAGGCAGUUAGCCGGGGCCGAGCGGGUGUACCUCGAGGGUGAUUCAUCGGUGGUCAUUGAUCUGAUUCGGGGUGUGGAUCGGUUUGGGGAUGGCCAUCCCCUCAUUCGAGAGACCCGUAGGAUGGCUCAGAUGAUGGCUGAUUUUCAGGCAGCACACGUGUUUAGGGAGGCGAACCGGGCAGCAGAUUGGGUCGCCUCCUUUGUCGCUCGGCACUCAGGUGCUUUUUUGUGGACGUCUGAUGUAGACGUCCCUUCACAGUUGUACCUUUUACUCUCCCGUGACUUGGAGGGCUGUACUCACCACCUCCACGAUAUCGAUAUGUUUGUCUCUGCGGUGGCCGACUACCAGGCUCGGGCUCGGAGGAGCCAGAGAGGGGAGGAGGUUGCGGUGAAGAAGCUCACCGAGAGCGAGGCCAGGUGGAAAGAAUCCACCGUGAAGCUGGAAGCUCUUGAAUCCAAGCUCAAGCUUAUGGCUAAGCGUUUUCAGGAGGAGGAGGCUUCGCACUCCCUCGCCAGGUCAACCCUUCGUGCUGCCGAGGCCUGCUUGGCCGAUGCCCAGUAUGAGCUCUUGGGCCUUAAAUAUGAAGCAGGAGUUCUCCGACUGAGGAUCAAGCAGCUCGAGGCUCAAGAGAAGAGGGUGACGGAGUGA